ACCCCGCCCCUCAGUCACAUGGGCUGGGGUCACGUGGGUAGUUCGUAAUGGCGCUGUCUCUCCGGCGGAGCCUGCUCUCGGAUUGAGGCAGCACUGCCAGCCGCGUGUCGGCUUUGAGCCGGGAUUAGGCCAACGCUGUCGUUACCCCGGAGUGUCGUCGAUAAACAGAAGACACAAACCAUCUAAAGCCUUUCUGUUUCCCCGCAUGCGAAAGUGAGGCUCUGAACAAAGAAAGCACAUUCCCUUUAUGCAGCAACCAGAACACAUUGUGGAUCCUUUUAUGGACAUCUCAGAUUCUGUAGGUCAGUAUCUGCCCCAGAUCAUUUAAACCUCCCCGAAGAAAGCUCUUUAAUCAGUAAUCUGGACUUGUCUCAAGGUAUUGACACCGCAUUGAAAAUGCUGAGCGAUAAGGAUCCGUUGUUGCCAUCAUCCAGUGAACCAUUCAGAUUGGAGCUGCAAGCAGAUGGUAGUGAGCAGUGCCAGCUAGACACAGCAGAAGCCCUAAGGUUAGGAGAUGUAGGUGCUGUCAUCACUGCGGUGGAGGAAGAUGAACUUGACAGAGCAUCUGGGCUUCAAGAAUCUUCUCAGAAUAGCAGUAACUCAGAGCCCAAUCCAGUUCAACCCAAUAGAAAGUCCCCCCGACUCCAUACACCAGUAGCUGUGCUCGAGAGUAAAGAUGAGAACAAAGAACAACCUGCAAGAAUCAUCCACCCGAGCAGUAAGGAAUUUAAAAAGACUUGGGGAUUCCGUCAGACAACUAUUGCAAAACGUGAGAAUGCUAUGGAUGCAGAGAACUCUGACACAGCUCUGAGUGAGAACUCUGACCAUUUAACGCCCUUAUUGAGAAGGAGCAGGCGACAGACUCAGAGAUCUGCCAGAGUUCAGGAAUUUAUUUCAGCAGCUCAGAAGCGCUAUCGCAAAAUGUCAGGCCUUGAUGAUGGUGAAUGUGGACCCAUUGCAACUUCUGAGGCAGGAACUGGCUCUGAUGGUAGUGCAGAUGUAGAUGAAAAGGGUGUUGGAUCUCUAGACAUGGCCACAGACAAGGGCUCUGCCAAUGUAUUUGGAAGAACAAAUGAGAUGGCUAACUCUGAAGAUAGCAGCACCAACAGUGACAGUGAUGAACUUACGCUGAAGGAACUACAGAAUCAGUUGAGAAAGCAACGUGGUCAAGAGCAGCCUGAUUCACCACAGAAUGCACUCAAAGGACAGGAAAUGUGCACUGAAGAAAAUCAAUCCAGAAAAGAAUCAAAGUCUGCAGUCACUGCAAAAGCUAAAAAGAAAAUAAUAACUCCUGUAAAGAAAAGUACUAAAAGUGGUCCUCCUUCAAAGGAAAAAGAAUCAAAAUCACCAUUAGAUGUUAAGUCGGAGUCAGAAGAUGAUGAAAGUUCAACCAAUCAAUCAGACAAUGAGUACAAUGAUCCAGAUAAAUUAUAUUGUAUAUGUAGGCAACCACAUAACAACAGAUUUAUGAUUUGCUGCGAUCGCUGUGAAGAAUGGUUCCAUGGUGACUGUGUGGGAAUUACAAUGGCAAGAGGACGCUUACUGGAACGCAAUGGGGAAGAUUACAUCUGCCCUGAUUGUAGUCCAUCUUCAGGCAAAGGCUCAGGAACCACAGUAAUGAAAUCUGGUCAACAGGAAAGUAAACCAGUGCUGGCGAGCAAUGAUGACCCCAGCUCAACAGUCGAGAAGCGAGACGGAAACGCUCCUACUGAUCAGGGAAUAAAAGGCAGGAUUGAGAAAGCAGUCAAUCCAAGUGGCAAGAAGAAAAUUAAAAUAUUUAAGCCGGCAGUGGAAAUUCCUGCAGUGCCAAAAUGUAUUGGGCCUGGCUGUUCCAACCUGGCCUCUACUGACUCUGUGUACUGCAGCAGUGACUGCAUACUGAAACACGCUGCAGCCACUAUGAAAUCACUCAACCAAGCAAAGGAUCAGAAACAAAAGACAAAAGGAAAAUCAAAGACUGAGAAGGUGACUUCAUCCAAGUCCCUUGCAGAGGCAAGUUCGAAACCUCUAACAUUGGGUCCAAUCAAAGCUGAAGAAUUAAAUACGAAAGAAUUUCCGAAUAAAAAGUUGGUGGUAUUGGUCCAUAAGAGCCCCGUGCCGCCACAAAAAGAAACUGUGUCAAGCAAUAUUGCAGGGACUUGGACGAUUGAUCAUAAUUACAACGCUGUAAAACCUGAAAAGACUCUGAUGUCCACUUCAGUUUUUUACAGAUCGUUGACUCCAAAGGACAAGGCAGCUGACUCCAAGCAGACUGAUUCUGAAUCUCUCAAUGAACAACCUCCUACAACUUUGCAAUCUGCUUCCUCAAAGCUAUCAGCUACAGCAACAAAACAACCUACUGGUUCAGUGGAACAGCGUGUUGUACCUAAACGAUCUACUCCACAAACUGUAUCUAAACAACAAACUGCAUCUAAACAUCAAACCUCAUCAAAACAUUCAAUUUCAACUAAACAACAGACUUCAACCAAACAAAGCAGCACUGGGUCAGAAUACCGAAUACCAUCCAAGCAUUCUUCUUCUGCAGCCAAAUACACUGUGCAUUCAUCUGAGCAACCUCCAGCUAGAAAAUCAGCUGAUAAACUACCAGUUCAACCUUCAGCUCCGGCUACAAAAAACACCAGCCAACUGUCUAACCCUCAGAUUCGACAUAACAUCCGUCGGUCACUUAAGGAGAUCCUCUGUAAAAGGGUGAAUGACUGUGAUGACCUUGAUGUAACCGAAGAUACAAUUGGAAAAAUAGCAGUGAACAUUGAGAAGGAGCUCUUCACCCUAUUUCAAGAUACUCACAGCAAGUACAAGAGCAGAUACCGCAGUAUUAUGUUUAAUUUGAAGAACCCCAGGAACCAGGGUCUCUUCCGACGUGUUGUACGAGAAGAGAUUGUUCCAUUUCACCUGGUACGUAUGAGUCCUGAAGAAAUAGAAUCGAAGGAACUCGCAGUUUGGGAAGAGAGAGAGAGCAGAUCUGCACAAGAUCAAAGUGAAAGAUUGCAGCAUGAAAGCAAAGGUUCAGUCUUGCUGGCAGCCGACAAACAUGAAAUAGAUAUGGAGGAGGCACCGCCUAUGUCAGAUGCUGAUGAGCAGGAAGAUAUCCGUCCUGCCCAGAAGACUAGCCAUCCACUACCUGACAUCUUCAGCAGCAUGCUUAAAGACACAACGGAUGAACACCGAGCUCACCUAUUUGACCUGAACUGCAGAAUCUGCACAGGAAAAGUUCAAGUCUCAGAAGAUGAACCAAUGCCUAAGAAGCCGAAAGUGGUAACCAAAAAAGCAGAACCAAAAAUGAAAUCCAAGACUGAUGUGAGGCGUCAGCAAGAACAAGGCAAAGCAACAGUGACUGUUUCAACACCAGAAGAGAACUCUGGUUCAAUCCAAGGAAUUACCUCUUUUCCCUCUCCAUCAAUAGUCACUACAGCUACAAAUGUAGUUACUUCACAGCCUACUUCAGAAUCUGUCAGCAACUCAUUCAUAUCACCAGCCACUAAUCCAACUGGAGUUGUCAGGACAGAGAGAACAUCUGUCACUAUAGCUUCUUUGCUUACCACCUCCAUUGUCUCUAAGUCUACAUUAUCAGUGUCUUCAGUUGGUACCACAGGUUCCGAGAGAGUGAUGGGGAGAACUUUCGUUGGUGGAAAGGAGGAAGAGGAAACGCCAAAAUCUAUUUUGGCAUCUGCAACUCCUAAAUCUAUACUGACAAAAACAUCAACAGCACCUGAGCAAAACUAUACAGUAUCAACAACAUUAAGGGUUUCAGAGGCAAAGACCCCAGCUGAAUUGGACACUUCCCUGUUCCUGUCUCACCUGGAUGCUAUAUGGAAGGGAUUUAUCAACAUGCAUGGUGUAGCAAAGUUUGUCACUAAAGCUUAUCCAGUCUCUGGGUCGAUUGACUAUCUUGUAGAGGAUUUGCCAGAUACAAUUCACAUCGGUGGCAGAAUUUCACCCCACACAGUCUGGGAUUAUGUAGGAAAACUGAAGUCAUCUCUUUCCAAGGAGGUCUGUCUAAUUCGGUUUCACCCAGCCACGGAGGAAGAGGAAGUCACCUACAUCUCGCUGUACUCCUACUUCAAUAGCCGGGGACGCUUCGGCGUGGUGGCAAAUAACGCCAGACACAUCAAGGACCUCUAUCUAAUUCCGCUUGCUGCUAAUGACCCGAUUCACUCCAAAUUAUUACCUUUUGAGGGCCCAGGGUUGGAGAAGAGCCGCCCGAACCUCAUCCUGGGCUUGGUGAUCCGGCAGAAAGGGAAACGCCGUCCGCUGGAACCUGAGCCCGAGCCCGAGCGAGGGGACACUGCCCUGGCCGAGGACAAGAGGAGCCGGCUCGUUACUCGGGAGGAGUCCCCCGUGCCCCCGGUGCCAGCCAGCAGGGAGGGCAAGCCUGGCCGGGCUCCGUAUGGAGAGGGGGCAGUGGCUGCCACUCCUCCGGGCUCUCCCCCGUCUGAAGCCGAGUCAGAAGCGCCGCCGGCCGCCUCCAAAGCCGCCGCGCCCCCGGCUCCGGGAAAGGUGGCCAACCCUCUGCAGCACAUCCUCCAGACCCUCUUCGGGGGCAAGAAGAGUUUCGAGAAGGUGAAGGAGCCGAGCCCGGAGCCCGAGGCCCAGGCGGCGGGAGCAGGAGCAGGAGCAGGAGCAGCGCCCCUCCUGGAUCCCAUCGUGCAGCAGUUCGGCCAGCUCCAGGAAGACAAGCCCCCGGAGCCUGAGGAUGAUGACAACCGGCCGUACGACCCGGAGGAGGAGUACAAGCCCGAGGCGGACACCCCGUACGACCCGGCGGACGAGACCAUCCUGGAGGAGGCGAUGGUGCCCAUGGCCGGGGAGGCGGGCACUGGCGAAGCCAAGGCCAAGGGCAUGGAGCUGGGGCCAGAGUUGUACCUGAGCUCCUCGCUGCAGGAGCAGCAGAAGAUGCUGGAGAGCCUGAACCAGCAGAUUGAGGAGCAGACCCGGCAGGUGGAGGAGCAGGAGGAAGCUCUCCGCCAACAGAGAGCGGCGGUCGGAGUCUCUAUGGCUUGUUUCUCUGUCUCCGAUGCCCUGAUGUCCCCUCCGGCCAAACCCGCCUCUUUCAAAGCCGAGCUCUUCGAGGUGCCCGAGCCCGGCGUGGGGCAGUUGCCAGGCCUGGAGUCCACUGGCCUCUCCCAAAUGAUCGACCAGAGCAGGGACCCCCGUCAGGCUGCCGUCAGGAGGCUGGCUCCUGGCCGUGCGACUGGGGAAGCUGUAGCCCUCCCGGUCGAUCAGCCCGCCGCCACUGCACCUUACAAUAGCCCCAGGCUCCAGGAGGUCGCUCCCCAGGAGCUCCCUGGCCCAAGCCAGCAACACGGAGAGGGGCCCAGCCCCAACCCGCCAAGCCUCUGGGCCAAUGAGGAGCCCAGGGCAACGGUGGAGGCCCUUCAGCCCCCCUUGUCCCAGGAAGCAUCCCCUGGGCAGAGCGGCCUCUCUCAGCCUUUCCCCCUGGUGGAACAGGCUCCUUCCCCAGCUCUCCAGCCUGCUCCCAAAGGCCUGUUACCCACUCCCAUCCUGCCCCCGCUCCUAGGUCCCUCUUACCCUGGGGAUCGGCCUGCCUUCCCCUCACCUCCACGUGGCUCCCAAUCUUUUAGUAACUCUCAGGAGAAUUUCCACCCCGGGAACAUGCAGCAACCCCUGGGCCCUUUCCCAAAUUUCCAACAUCCCAACAACAGCCAACACCUCCCUCGGAAAGGAUCGGAUUUUAUCCGGGAACCGGGACCUGCUUUCCAGAGCCACAAACUCAUGCCCCUGUUCCCCAGAGGGGCUCCUGUUCCUCGAUAUCGCUUCUCAGGCCAGGGCUUCAACCAGUCUCCCCAUCCUAUGGGCAACCAGCCCCUACACCAAAUGGGAAACCAGUCUCCCCAUCCCAUGGGAAACCAGCCCCUACACCAAAUGGGAAACCAGUCUCCCCAUCCUAUGGGAACCCAGCCCCCACACCCCAUGGGACACCAGUCUCCCCAUCCUAUGGGAAACCAGGCCCCACACCCCAUGGGACACCAGUCUCCUCACCCCAUGGGAAACCAAUCGCCCCACCCCAUGGGAAACCAGCCCCCACACCCAAUGGGAAACCAGCCCCCACACCCAAUGGGAAACCAGUCCCCAGCGCAGCACGAAUUGCACUCUGCUCCUGGCUCGGUUCUGAAGGACUCUGAGAAAUUGGGGGGUCCUGGCCCAGAUUCCCGGGACCGAGAGAGAUCACGGCCAUACCCCGGCAGGGGGCGGGACGGCCGGAGGGAACGGCCUGAGAACCGUUAUCCGGCCGAGCGGUUCCGCAGGGGAGAGGAGAGGAGGAGAGAUCGGGAAUACGGACGGCCCUGGGAACGAGAACGUGGCCGAGCGUGGAACCGGGACUGGGAGCGGAACAGGGAGAGGGACAGGAACAGGAGCAGGAGCAGGGAGAGAGAGCACGACCGGGACAGGUACCGGAGGCGGGAGCGGGGCCGAGACAGAGAGCGGAGCAGAGACAAGGAGAGAGAGCGCGGAAGAGAGAAGGACCAUGAUAGAACUAAAGAGAGGGAGCGGCGAGAGGGCAGCGGGAAAGCCAGCGAACAGGACAAGGAGAGGGAGCGGCGAGAGGGCAGCACCAAGAACAACGAGCAAGAGAAAGAGAAGGGCCGAGAGGGCAGGAGCAGCGAGCAGGAGAAGGAGAGUGAGGACAGUAAGAAAGCGGUGGCGGCAGACAGCACGAAAGCAGCAUCGUGAGGCCGUCUGCUGCGGUUCGGACACUCAGAGACUGCCCGGAGAGGGACAGACACUGGACAGUACCCUCCGCCCUGAACCACUUGCCCCAGUGCACGGUUCCACAAUGUCUGUGGCUCACUACAAAAACAAAACCAAUUGCGAUGUUCUCAUCGGGGCGAGUUCUCUUUAAUCUUUCUGAAAUGCGAACCUUCCCCCCCACCCCAAACCCCCGAGCAGGGGCUGGUUAAACUGCACUGACCCAGUAACAUUGAUCACAGCAAUGAAGCCGAGCCGCUGGGUGCUCUCUCAAUGUUCUUGUGCGGUAUCUGAAUAUCCCCCAUUGCCCCUGUCCGGGCUGGAGGAUAUCAGUCUUUGUUGACCAAGGUCUGACGGAACCUGUUAUCAGUUAAAUCCGAACCCAGCUCGGCUGUCUCAUUGCGGCUGGUUGAACGGAAGCUGGAACCCUGGAAGGUGGUGGACAGAGUCAGCAGCCGCUGUGUGGAGAAGCGCGGGUUCAAUGUUUCACAUCAAUGGCUUGACCAUCCAACCUGUCCCUCUCCCCACAGGAGCUGCUCACUCUCUUCUGCAUGCUGUGAUUUUUGAAACAAAAUUUAAACUCGUUUAGUUCCGUUUUUCUAGCCGCAGAUUGGGUUGAAACGUGCGUUUUUCAUAAACCUCGGAACGAAUAAUUCUACGCGGAUUCUGAAUGAAAUGUUAACGCUGUUAAAUUGAUGGAAAAUUGGUGGGGUGGGGGUUGUAAUCGAGUUCUCCAGAUCCACUCACGGGACGGGGAAAUCUGGGGGAGAGCCAGCUUCUCAUUGGUUUGUAAUAUAGUUUCUUUUCUAAUUCACUGAUCAAUUUUUGUAAGGACUUCACAGUGUAACCAUGAACUCCAUGUGGUGUCCCUCUGUCCUGGUUGUGGGGCAGUCAAUUCCUGAAGCAAGAGAUUCCCCUUCCUGUCCCGGACUAUCAUCUUUGUUUCUGUUUUGUAUUUCUGUCUAUAUUUAAAAUAAAAUAGACUGCACCUAAAAGGGAAGCUCAGGUAAAGACAGAAAGUUGUGUGUGUGGCGACACUGCACCAAGUGUAGGUCGCUACUUUUUAUUAACAGGUUUGUAAAAAGUCUGCGAAGACGUGCAAAUUUCCGCAGUUUAUCUGCCGACAGGAAUCUUCGAGACCCCGGGAUUUGUGGUGGGAAUGUGGUUCCAAUUUCCUUCCACUAUCACUUGGACUUCUACAUUCUCCAGACCAUUAUCCGAUAUUCUACACCGAAAGCGAGUUAUCAUCAGUGUGCAAAAAGAUUUCCCCCCAACUUUAAUAUUUACCGAAUAUUUCUGUCUUACCACUAGCUUUUCUAAUCUUGUACAACUCGGGGUGAGUCACUGAUUCAGUCGCGGAGCUCAAAGUGCAUUUGCCCGCAUUGUUUUUUUUUGUAAUAGUAUGUGUUACCGAAAACAGCAAACUAUCACUGAAUAUAAACCGGAUUUGAUUUGCUUAAAGGGGCUAAACGAAAAUGUACAGUACAAUUAAAAGAAAAAACAAACAAAA